GACACUGCAAAUGGAUGUAAACAAGCUGAAUAUCACAUUGCUUCGGAUAUUUCGCCAAGGAGUGGCAGCAGCACUGGGACUGUUACCUCAGCAAGUUCAUAUCAACAGACUCAUUGGAAAGAAGAACUGUGUGGAACUGUUUGUGUCCCCACUGAACAGAAAGCCAGGAAUUUCUGAGGCUCUCCCCUCUGAAGAAGUGCUGCGUUCCCUUAAUAUCAACAUUUUGCAUCAGAGUUUAUCCCAGUUUGGAAUAACGGAGGUCUCUCCUGAGAAAAAUGUUUUGCAAGGCCAGCAUGAAGCAGACAAGAUCUGGAGCAAAGAAGGAUUUUACGCGGUCGUCAUAUUUCUCAGCAUCUUUGUCAUUUUAGUAACUUGUUUAAUGGUUCUGUACAGAUUAAAGGAGAAGAUCCAGUUGUCACUGAGACAAGAGAAAGAAAAGAAGCAGGAGAUCCACCUCUCGCCCCUUCCACUGCAGACAUCGCAGUCCGAGUAUAAGACCACCAACAGCAUGGUCCAGCCUGAACAGGCUCCAAAGGUGGUCAAUGUUGUAGUGGACCCUCAAGGCCAAUGUGUUCCUGAGCUCAAACCUCUCCCGUGUGCCAGUCCAUCUCCUUUCAGAAUGAAACCUGUGGGGCUCCAGGAAAGACGAGGAUCCAAUGUCUCACUGACUUUGGAUAUGAGCAGUUUGGGAAGUGUGGAACCUUUCGUCGCUGUGCCAACCCCACGAGAAAAAGUAGCGAUGGAGUACCUACAGUCAGCCGGCCGCGUCCUGACACGGCAGCAGCUUCGAGACGCAGUUGCAUGUUCUCAUUUACUUCAAACAGAAUUCAUGGAAAUACCAAUGAAUUUUGUGGAUCCCAAAGAAAUUGACAUCCCGAGUCAUGGAACUAAAAACCGCUAUAAAACAAUUUUGCCAAAUCCUCUAAGCAGAGUGUAUUUGAAUCCAAAAAAUCCAUCUGACUCCCUGAGUACCUACAUAAAUGCUAACUACAUUAGGGGAUAUGGAGGUAAAGAGAAGGCUUUCAUUGCAACUCAGGGACCCAUGAUUAAUACCGUGAAUGAUUUCUGGCAGAUGGUUUGGCAAGAAGACAGCCCUGUCAUUGUUAUGAUCACAAAGCUGAAAGAAAAAAAUGAGAAAUGUGUGCUCUAUUGGCCAGAAAAAAGAGGAAUCUAUGGGAAGGUUGAGGUCCUUGUUAACAGUGUUCAAGAAUGCGAGAACUACACUGUUCGUCAGCUUACAAUAAAGCAAGGGAGUCAGUCCCGGAGUGUGAAACACUACUGGUACACAUCCUGGCCGGACCACAAAACCCCUGACAGCGCUCAGCCGCUGCUGCAGCUCAUGCUGGACGUAGAAGAGGACAGGGUGGAAUCACCUGGCAGAGGGCCUGUCAUUGUGCACUGCAGUGCCGGUAUAGGAAGGACUGGAUGUUUUAUUGCCACGGCCAUUGGUUGUCAGCAGUUGAAGGAGGAGGGAGUCGUAGAUGCUUUGAGCAUUGUCUGUCAGCUACGAGUGGAUCGGGGUGGAAUGGUUCAGACCAGCGAACAGUAUGAAUUUGUGCACCACGCACUGAAUCUGUAUGAAAGCAGACUUUCUGCAGAAGCUGUCCAGUGA